AUGGAUACAAGUGAUUAUAUAUGGCAAAAUUUUAUACUCGAUUUUCAUGGAAAUGAACAAAUUUUUAUGCACAGAGCAGGUGUCAAAUUAGAAAUUACAGGUUGUAAUCCUCAAAAUUUACCUGAAGGGACUAUAUUUCUUACAAAUUAUCACAUAAUUUGGAAACCACCAUUUAAUUUGAAGGAAUGCUUGGGAUCACACCAAAAUUCUAAUGAUAUAAGGGCCAAUCAUGAUUUGAUAAUACCAUUAUCUCGAAUAAUUCUAGCCGAAGAAGAUUUAAAUAUGGGAACCUCAAGCAUAGUAAUACAUUGUUAUUCGAAUUCAUUGAUAAAGCUGCAUUUUGGUUUGUCGGGGCAGGUGGAAUUUUUAAGGCAGCUUCAAAAACAAUUAUCAGAUAAAUGUUGGCUUCUAUUAUCAUCUAUUACCAAUCAACAUUUGCUAAUAACAUGUAAUAAAAACACGAAAUUUAAAUCGAGUGGUAUAACGAGUAUAGAAAAUAGAUUCUCACAAACCGAAAAACAUAUAUACGAUAAUAUAUCUCAAUCUUUUUCUGAUUUGAGCUCAUUAAAAGACCAUGCCAUUGAUACGGUUCAUCUUUGUCGGUCAAUAGCUAAUCAGUUAAUCGAAAAAACGGGAAAUUUAAGUGAAGAUGAAAUUACUGUUUUUAAAUCACAUUUGUUAAGUCUUGGGCUAGAGAUUGAAGAAAUUAAAAAUAUAAAAAUAGUUAUUCCCAAUUCAUCUACAAAUAUUUCAAAUUUUCACAAAAAACUCGCUAUUGAAAUUAUACAAAUUAUAUUGCCAACUCUUGAAAUCGAUUACGUACAAAAUCUAGAUGAUAAACAGAGUUUCCGAGAAAACACUUCGUUAUUUAACGGUUUCAUGACUUUACCAGAAGCAUUUUGUCGCGUUAAUAGAGCUAAGGGAUUGGAUUUAAUUUCCCUUGAAGAUAUGCUUACAGCAUGUCUACAAAUAAAUAAUAUUUCAUUCGACUUAAAUGUAAAAAAUUUAGAUGCUCUACAUAUUAUGAAAUCAGGAUUAGAUAAUUUUCGUUUAGUAUACAAAUCUUUUGAUAGUGGGCUCUCUGUUUUAUGUUUGGAUAUACUGUUACGCAUUGAUAAUAAAGAUAUUAAUUAUAAUAAUGACAUAUUGGGAUUAUAUCGUGAAUCUAAUUCUUAUCCCGUUAUAUGUCAAAUUUAUCAAGCUAUGGUAAAAUUUGCUAUAGAAAAUGACAAAAAUAUUGAGUCAAAAAAUUUGUCAAUAACCCCUGAAAAAAUGGCUCAAAUUUAUUCAAUACCCGUUUUUAUCGCAAAAGAGAGAUUGAUGAUUGCUGAAAAUAUAGGUUAUCUAUGUCGGGAUGAUUCGAUUGAAGGACUCCAAUUUUUUCUUAAUUUGAUUUAUGACAUGUACUGA